GCUCCCAUUCAGCCGGGGUCCCGUUGGCUCAUUGUUAUUCUGCCCGAGUGACAGAGAGACAGAGAGAGAGAGGGAGAGAGGGAGAGAGAGGGACACACAGAAUGGGAGGCUGACUGUGGUUUCCAACGGCAGGGAGCUGGUUGCACUGGGCGGGGGUUUGUGUCGGUGGUUUUUCUGGCCGGUUGUUGCGGGCGUGAAGGCAUGUUGAUAAUCGGCUCAGUAAUGAGGAGAGGUACUGAACGGCACCAAAUAUCUGACCCCGAUUCCUGAGAGUAGAGAGGCAGAGAGAGGGAGAAAGUGUGUGUGAGAGAGAGGAGGAAAAAAGAGAGAGGGCCAUGUGAAAAAGGGGUGGAGGGGAGCUGAGAUUUAGAGAUUUAGUGCUCUGCUGGAUGAAACAACCCCCCACUAACUAACAGAGAGGGAAAGUAGCCUAAUGGGAAGAAAGGAGGGGGUGUUGUACUGUUCAUUUAACACUCAAAGACACGCAGGAAGCUUUUAUCGUUUCCCACAAUGACAUCAGAAAAGAGGGUUGCUGUCUGCUGUAAAGCUUAGGGGGCCCUGAACAACAGAAAUAAACUAUACAACCGUACAUAGUGGCAGCACAUAAGAGAAGAAAAAUGUCUCGAACAGACGAGGUCAACAAGAUGACAGAAAAUGUCUAUAAGGGGAUUCUGGACCAGUUCAACCCCAGUCUGAAGAACUUUGUGACCAUGGGGAAACACUACGAGAAAGCCCUGACAGGAGUAACUGUGGCUGCCAAAGGCUACUUUGAUGCUCUGGUGAAACUUGGAGAGCUGGCGAGCGACAGCCAAGGCUCCAAAGAGCUGGGAGACACACUGUUUCAGAUGGCCGAGGUCCACAGACAGAUCCAGGUGCAGCUGGAAGACGUGUUAAAGCUGUUUCACUCUGAGCUGCUCGCCCAGUUGGAGCAGAAGCUGGAACUGGAUAUUAAAUACCUCACUGCCACCCUAAAGAAGUAUCAGAGUGAGCGGAGGUCUAAAUCUGAGUCUAUCGAGCGCUGCCAGUCUCAGCUGAAGAAGCUCCGCAGGAAGAGCCAGGGCAGUCGCCACCCGACCAAAUACGGAGACCGAGAGAUGCAGUUCGUGGAGUUGAUGAGUCGUCGCCAAGGCGAGCUGGACGCGCUGGUUGCCCUGGGUUACAAGUCCGCGCUCACUGAGGAAAGGAGACGAUAUUGCUUCCUGGUGGACAGACAGUGUAGUGUCACCAAACUGCUCAUCAACUACCACUCCAAGGUGAGAGAGCUUCUGUCACAGAAACUGUCAUGUUGGCAGCAGUCAUGUUCUCAGCCCACCAAACUCCCAGAGCGCGCUCUCAAUCUGCUGCGUCACACUGCGCCUCAAGGCCCAGGGGCUGCUGGGAUAGCUGAGGUCCUCCGUCACACCAAGAUCGGUGCUGCUCUGCCAGAACAGAGGCUCUCUGUUCAAGAAGUCCCUCCUCUGUUGAAUGGAGACUCCAGUCGCUCCCAGCAGCAGCAGCGCUCGCUCCCGUCCUCCUCCUCCCAGAGUGAUACCGGUCCUCCUCAGGGCUCCCCCCAGACUUUCUGCUCUCUCUCCAGCGGAGGAGCUGCUGGAGGUUCAUCACGAGGAGCGUCUCCUCAGCACACCAGCACACCCCUCAGUGCCUCAGCCAGCCCCCUCCCUGACAGCAGCGCCAGCGGCAGCAUCAGCCCCGCUGCAUCCACCCCCACCACGUCCGGCGGCUCGGCCCCGCAAAACUCUCUCCUCCUGUCCGCCAACACGUCCAACCUCUCCCCGAGCCUCAUCCCCUCCACGGUUAUGUCGCUCAGCCAGGUCUCCGCGGCCGGCGGCUCCUUGCAUGGCAUGACCCUCCCCAUCCCCCACAGUGCUCCUCACAGUCCGCCACUGCCCCACAGUGCUCCUCUCUCCAGGGCCAUGACUCCUGUGCACUUACUGCACCAACAGGUGGGACCAGGAGGGAGCAAUUCUUCAUCGCCAUCACAUAAUCCCUGGCUGCUGAAGACCGCUGACAUGUGUGGAACAGCAACACUUCCACUGCCGAGGAGACCUGUCAGUGAAAUGAGGCUGGGCGGCUUUCAGGGCUCCAGUCUCCCCAGGAUGCUGCCUUUAUCUGGACCCAGCCGUGUGGAAGCUAUGUUUCCUCACACUCCUGGAGCAUCGGAGGGCGGUGGAGGCGUAGGGGGCGGGGCUUGCUUACUGCACUUCCUGCCUGGUGACAACAUCACCCUGCUCAUCUCUGAGGUCAGAGACGGGUGGCACUACGGUCAAAAUGACCGAACUGGACGGAAAGGCUGGUUCCCUUUCUCCUACACUCAGUCACAGCACAGCAAGAUGGAUCACCUCGAGAGCUCGCUCUUCUUAUCUAAGGCUAACAGCACCAGUACGGGCCAGCUCGACAAGCUGGUGUCUCCAGGUCUCCCGGCGCUCACCCCCGAGUCAGAGGAGGAGCGAUCUCUUCCUCCUCAGAGGGUCAGCACCUUCCGCCCGCGCCCGUACAGCAUGGCCGACAGCAACAAGAUCACUGCUGAAUUGGUCUCUCCGCCACACUCCCCAACCAGGGCCAAUCCAUUUGCCCACGUCCGACUCAGACGAACUGUCACCAACGAUCGCUCAGCUCCCAUCAUAGAGUAAGAGUUAUUAUUAUUCCCACAGCGACAGCAGCAAUCUGCUCUCUGUGGUUUGUCAGUCCAUCUGAGCUCAGGUUGAAUCCUGGAAACAGCUCAUUGGUUCAUGUUGAUUCUCUACUUUGGAUGCUCUUUUUCUCAAAUUAAUUAAAUACAGAUUGUGUUUCAUGCACAGGAAUAGAACAUUUUUAAAUCAAAGUAUAAAAGAUUCACGUGUAAAGGCUGACCGGUUAUAAACAUGAUUACAGCCCAUUCAAUUUUGAGGUAGUUAAUAGGAAAAAUAUAUGAAACAAGACCAAUAUAACAAUAUAAAUGUUCUAUUUGAGUGAAACAUGGACAUUAAAAUAAAAUCUAGGCUAGUUUUAAUGAAACAGAAGUAAGAUGUUUGGCCGUACUUAGGUUAGCAUUUGAGAUCGACAUACUGUAUCGUCCAGAAUAACUAACAUUUUUAGGUUUUUCCUGGCCUAUGAAAGAUGCCUCUUAUAUCUCUUACUGUUUUACAAUACUUUUUUUCUCUACAUAACCUUUAUUGUAGUUUUUUGUUAUUUUUUGUGCCAUACUCAGAAAAGUUGUGUUUGUUGGGCUGAUCUAGGGACUGGCUCCUAAUAGCAGGUUGUGAACUUUCACUUUCACUGUAAUGAAGUGUUACUGGAAGAGGACAGGCUCCUACUCUAAAAGUGCUAUUAUGAUAUUAUAUUUUUUAGUAAAGCUGCCAGAUUGUUUCUUGGUUUCAAUGAAGGUGAACUUUUAAAUUUAUUCAAAGUGUCUAUUUUAAAACGUGGUUGUUUGGUUGAGAGAGACUUGGCAUAUUUUAAUGAAAUUGGCACAGUGAGUUAUUUUUGUGUCAUUUUUUACCUUAAAAUUACUGAACAUGGGCAAUGCUGUUUGAGUGUUAAAGUCCCUGUCAGUUAUAUCUUAUGUUUAUACCAGUUAACACAUUCUGCUGCUGUAAAGUCACAUAUUAGUAUUUUAUGACUGUAGAUUUUGGAUUAGUUUAACUCUUUACCUGGACUCAAAGUACGUGAAAACAAAUUCUACCUUAAAUUUGAUUAUUCAAAUUAUUGAUCAAUGAGACUUGUUGGUUUCUGAGUGGAAUACUUAUUUAAUACAGUGCAAGUCCUACUGAACACAGAAACUGAAAAGCGUAUGAGCUUCACAGACACAAACUGUGACAGUUAAUAGUUGAACGUUUGGACGGCGUUAUUACUGAAAGUGUUUUAUUUUUUUAGAAAGUAGCAUGUUGCGGAGGGUUAAAAGUGGUAAGAAUGAGAGAUUUGCGUGCUUAGUCUUUGGAUUUGAUGUCUUCUUGAUUCCUUUUCAGUCCCAAAUCUAAAGCUAGACAACAUCCAGGCUAGUUGAUUGUAGUUGUACGUUUACCAAUCAGACUGAGCAGAAUCUUCAAGAGAGAUGUGAAAGCCGAGACAGACGAUAGGAUUGAGUUUUAAUGGGGAAAUGUUUCUAUGAAAGUGAUGAAGAAAGCAUACGGGAAGUUGACCAACGUCUGAGCAAGUGUUUAUGGUAAACUAGAGAUAUCUAAAGUAAUAUUCUCCUGUAGCUCUGUAGUCGCCUCUAGAAAACUGUGGUUUAAAGGUGAAACUUUGUAUCUGUGCAAACUGAAAUGGUUUAUGUUCCUGUUGUAACUGUUCUUUUAGCACCUUGAAGAUUCAAGAUAACGCCCUCAAGGGUCGUAGUAAAUCAUCUCUAACAGCAUAUACUGUAUAUUAUUUUGAGUAGUAUGGCAUCAUUAAUAAAGGUGACCACAAAAUGGUAGA